GUUGACGUCAGACCUACGGACAAUAAGCUGUGAAGAAUUCCAAUGUUUAAAUGAAUAGCUGCUUAUUGGGAGCUAGUGCCGAGCAAAUAGUGUGUGUGUGUGUGUGUGUGUGUUUCCUGUGGAAGCCAUUACUGUUUCUGUAAACCCUAAUGAAUAAUUUUCUCUGACUGUGUGGGAACUUGAAUUGCUGCAAGAGAAAAACACUGAAUGUUGCUGCACACUCCAUAGGUGGCACUAGGGAAUGGUACAUCACAUUCAGCACUGAGCUUCAGGCUUGCAAAUAGAAGAUCAUUUUGAAUCUGUCUGGCUGAAAGAAAGGAUUCUUCUGAUAAAAGAAAAACCAUGUCUGCAAAAGAAAGACAGAGGAUGAAAAUUACUAAAGACAGUGUCACCCUGCUCCCCUGCUUUUAUUUUGUGGAGCUACCUAUUCUGGCAUCAUCAGUUGUUAGCCUCUACUUUCUGGAGCUUACAGAUGUUUUUAAACCAGUUCAGUCAGGGUUCAGUUGUUAUGACAGAAGUCUCAGCAUGCCCUAUAUUGAACCUAGCCAGGAGACCAUUCCAUUCCUCAUGCUCCUCUGUUUGGCAUUUGCUGGACCAGCAGCAACAAUUAUGGUAGGCGAAGGUGUCCUUUACUGUUGCCUCUCUAAAAGAAAAAAUGGCAUUGGAGCCGAAGCUAAUAUAAAUGCAGGAGGAUGUAACUUCAACUCCUUCCUGAGAAGAGCUGUCCGAUUCAUAGGAGUCCACGUAUUUGGUCUCUGCUCUACUGCUCUCAUUACUGACAUUAUCCAGCUAUCCACUGGUUACCAAACACCAUAUUUCCUGACUGUCUGCAAACCUAACUAUACUUCUUUAAAUGUAUCCUGCAAAGAAAAUCCGUAUGUGCUAGAAGACAUUUGUUCUGGUUCAGAUACUGCAGUCAUAAAUGCUGGAAGGAAGUCAUUCCCCUCCCAACAUGCUACCUUAGCCGCAUUUGCAGCUGUUUACAUUUCUAUGUACUUCAAUGCUACAUUGACAGAUUCCUCAAAGUUACUGAAACCUCUGCUUGUGUUCUCCUUCAUAAUCUGUGGAAUAAUAUGUGGCCUUACUCGUAUAACUCAAUACAAGAAUCACCCAAUUGAUGUCUACAGUGGUUUUCUUAUGGGUGGAGGAAUUGCUAUUUAUCUGGGCCUGUAUGCUGUUGGAAACUUUCAACCUAGCGAAGACAGUAUUCCUCAGAAGCCUCCUCCUCCUCCACUCAGAGAACCAUUGAGGUCAUUGACAGAACUUAGCCAAGAUGCCAGCAGAAUACUGCCAGGGAAAAAUGGCAGUAGUAGUGAUGGUAUACCUUCUCACCACUCUGAAAGUAUCAUAAACAGAAAUCACAGAGAAUCAGGCUCACUUAUAAAUAUAAAGAGAGCAAGCACUGAUGUAGAAGUUAUCACACCUCGAAGUCCUAUGGGAAAAGAGAACAUGGUCACCUUUAGUAAUACUUUGCCCAGAGUACAUACCCCAUCUUUAGAAGAUCCAGCUAGGAGAAAUGCAACUAUUCAUGCUUCAAUGGAUUCAGCACGUUCAAAACAACUUUUGUCUCAAUGGAAGACUAAAAAUGAAAGUCGUAAGUUGUCAUUGCAAGUUAUUGAAACAGAAGCUGGACUUUCACCACAAAGGAUAAUAGAAAUGAGAUCAAGCUCUGAGCCUGUAAGAGUUGGUGUUAAUGGAGAUCACAUUGGCCCAGGUAAUCCAUAUCUUAAAUUACAACCUGGCAGUAUCCCUGGUUGUAACAAUACAAGUAUACCUGGUGGACCGAGAGUAUCUAUUCAGUCACGUCCUGGAUCCUCUCAAUUAGUCCAUAUCCCAGAAGAAACUCAUGAAAAUAUAAUAUCUACAUCUCCUAAAUGCAGCUCAGCUAGGUCAAAGUGGCUUAAAGUGGCAGAGAAAAGUGUUGCAUGUCGAAGUAACAGUCAACCAAGAAUUAUGCAGGUCAUAGCCAUGUCCAAACAACAGGGGAUGCUUCAGGGAAGCCCUAAAAGUUCUGAGGGAAGUACAGUAAGCUGCACUGGAUCUAUAAGGUACAAGGCUCUUACAGAACAUGAACCUACAAGUAUUGUAAGGAUUGAAGCCCAUCCAGAAAACAACAGGCCAAUUAUUCAGAUGCCUUUAGAGGGAGAAGGUAGUGGGUCAUGGAAGUGGAAAGCACCUGAGAAAGGAACGCUGCGGCAAGCCUAUGAGCUGAAUGACCUCAACAGGGACUCUGAAAGCUGUGAGUCACUAAAAGACACUUUUGGGACUGCUGAUAGAAAAAGAAGCAACAUAGAAAAUGAUCACCUUCUCCACGGGAUCACCACAAUACGUGUUACACCUGUGGAGGGAAGCGAAAUUGGCUCAGAGACUUUAUCAAUUUCAUCAAGUCGUGAUUCAACUCUUAGGAGAAAAGGCAACAUCAUUUUAAUUCCAGAGAGAAGUAACAGUCCGGAGAGCACUCGGAAUAUCUUCUACAAAGGAACAUCACCUACACGUACCUACAAAGAGUGAAGACAACCACGUGAAGCAUUCCAUUGGUUUAACCAGAAUUAAUUCCACUUUGACAAAGCUUGUGCUCUUAUUAGUUAAUGGAGUUAAUGCAGAAAGCAAAACAAAAUGUGCCAAAUUAGUGAUUAAUAUUCAGAUAAUCUGUGAAAAAACUCUAGAGACGUUGACUAAGGCUGAAUAGAACCAGGGCUGAAGGGAGCAAAACAACAACGAAAAAGCACAAUGCUAAGAAAGCAAAACCAAUGUGAAGAAGUAAACGCAUAAUACAAUCAGUUUCUUUAAAUGUGAUUCUAGGAAGGUCUGCGGUAUUAGCAAAUGAUUACUGGAACUUAGACACUUUAUUACAUGAAUGUGCCAACUCAAACAUUUUACUGUCUUUAAUCUGAUAAAUUAUUGUUUCAAUAGAUUUGUGUGAUGUAAGAUAUUUACAUUAACAGAUUAUGCACUAACAUGUAAAAUAAGAGGAGAUGCUUGUUAUAAAUCUAGACCGCAUAUCAGCACAAGCGUAUAAGGACUCUCGUGUAGUUAUUUUGACAGUUCAGUGGCUUCGUUUAGAGUGCUGGUGACUGCCUUUGUACAGAAUACAAAAACAGCUCUGUUAUGAUGGAUUGGUCACAGUCAAAUUGCUAGAAUUUUUGUGCUGAUCCAUACACACUGUUUACUUUGACAAAGUGUGGGUGUAAUUCACUUACAAUGAUAUUCUUGUUUUUCUUUGUUGACAAGUAGUUCUGUAACCCGCUUAACACUUACUAAAGUACAGAUCAUACUAAAGAAAAGGUGCUCAAAAGGGGGCAUUCCUGUAGACUUGUACAGUGUUUUUUGGAGGCUUUUUUUGCUAUUCUGAAUGUUUUAUCUAUAUUUUGAUUAUGAUUGUACUUAUUUUAAUAUUUUAAUAUUCCCAUGCAAAAAAAAAGAAGUAAAAACAGGGUUUUAAGCAUUUCACGAGUAGAUGCAGGGCUUCAGAAAUUUCUGGUUCGGGAAUAGACAAUUACACUGUAAAACCUCCAAUGCAGAAUUAAUACUACUGGAACAAUAAACUGAAAAAAACAAGUUCAAAUGCUUUACUCUCUGUGGUCAUAAAUGUAAUUAUGAAAAAUAUGUGUUCCAAUAGCAGCACAAAACAAGAUACAGGGACGUGAUGAGAAAUGCCAGAAUAAAAUGUUAACUGUGAUGUGAGAGAGAGAAAAAAAAAACAUUUAAUCUGGGUAUUUCUAUAGCCAGGGAUGUAAUUGUGUUUAACAAGUUAGUAAUGACAUCAAAAGUUUUAUUAAGAAAUAAAUCGUUGUAGGACUUGGUAUGAUGUGACUGUUUAUUUUGGAUGAUUUUUUUGGGUUGCCUCAACAUUGAGAAAAAAAAAGUAAAUAUUUAAAUUAAUAUUUUAUUCUUCAACAAAUCGGAAUAUUUGUAUUUUUUAUUUUAAUAAUGUUUCAACGAAUUACAUCUUACAACACAGUCUAAAAGACAGAACAAAAUUGCCCCUUCUGGCAUGUCCAUCUUUUAAUCAUUUAUUUUUUUCAACAGUGAUUUAUAAAAUAAUAGUGAAUUAUGGUUUAAGGGAUUUUAAAACUCGGUACAGUGUAUCAGGUAUGUGGCUUUUUUCUACUUGAGUUUUCCAAAGUCUUAAACAAGAUUUCUGUGAGUUUCAGUAAUCCCUGAAACUGUGCUCUUUACAUGCAUCCUAUACAUGUAAAUGAUUUUAUACUUAAAAGUGCCAAAUCUAGUAGAUUUUUUUUUUUUUUUAUAAAUGGCGUAUUAAAUCAUGAUAUAUUGUGAAACACAGAUUAAAAAUAUUCACGUUUGACACCUGCAUGAAUAAGGAAUAUUUGAUAAUAAAAACAAAAAAUGCCUUUUGUAAAUCUCACCUCUGUUUACAUUAUACUAAUACCUUAAUUUAAAAAAAUAAUAAUAAUUACCAGAUGACAUCUUUUUAAAUUUCUAAUUUUCUUACUUGCUAAAAGGGGCACUAAUUUCUUUGUGAGGCUGUGCUUUAUUGAAUGAAGACUAUAAAAUAUGACUAUGUUUUUCAACAACAACAAAAAAUAUGUAAAGUAUUGUGUUUAAUAAAAUGUUAUGCAAAUGUUUUCAAACCGAGAGAUUUGUAAAUUGCUAUAAAUGUAUUUUAUCUAAGUAAAAAUCAAUGCUACUGUGUGAGUUUA